GAGCCGACGCUGGGACCCGGGGAGUAGCGGAGGUUUGCUCUCAGCCUGAGUCCGGUUUGCGGGGGUGGUGGGACUUUGGGCGAGAGUCUUAGCCAUCGGCCUGGCGACUGGGUGUUUCCGCUCUGUCCGAGGUGCGGAUUUAACCCAUGACCAACCCAACUGCGAGCCGAACCUGCAUUGCAGUUCUGUGGACUGACACCAGCUGGCAAGAAAGUUCCUUGGUUCCCCUGUUAAGCAGGGAAAUCACUCAGUCGUUCAAAAGCACAAGAUGAUCAGCUGUUUGCAGGAAGACAAAGUGAGGCUACAGGAGGAGUUGAAUGCAACUGAGUCCCAAAGGCAGGCACUGAGCAGCAGUCCGCAGUCUCAGCUCGAGGGGCUGGAAGUGAAGCUGUCUGACCAGACGCAGGAACUGAACAAACUGUGCUCUGAGCUGGGCACAACUGACCUGGAGAAACAUUUGGAAAUCCUAGUCUUGGAGAAUGAUCGACUGAAGCAGGAAUUAAAUGGCUGCCAACUCCAGCUCCAGCAGCUCCAGAAUUCCCUGUCUGGGUGCAUCAGCUGUGAGCACAGCAAGGAAAACACACUAUUGCACAAGCAAAUGACUGACCUGCAGCUGGAGUUGGGAGAGAAGGUGCAGCUUCUGACUGAAUUGGAGCAACAUCUCAAAGAUGUCCUUCAGGAGAAGACAGAUAGGGAGGAGAGGCUGAAUAAACGGCUCAGAGAUUGCCAUUUAGCCCUGGCCAAGCAGCCCACAUCAGUUAAGUAUAUUACCAAAAAGGUGGAAGUGGAGUCAUCCAGAACAAAGCAGGAUUUAGAAGAAGCUCAGGCCAGGAAUCAUUAUCUUCAGGAGCAAAUCGCUGUCCAGAGGCGGCUGCUGGCUGACCAGGAACAGCAGCUUCAGGACUCCUGGCGAACGUCAGCCCAGCUCCAAGCUCAGAUCAUGAUGUAUGAAGCAGAGCUUGAGCAGACACGUGGUGAAAUGCUUGAGACAUUUCAGGCAAUGGAGGAUGAGAAGAACCAGGCCAUUGAAGAGGUCUUCCUACAAGCCCGGUCUGAAAUGAAGACCGUGCAUGAGAAUCUGAAUGGAGUUCGAAUGAACCUUCUCUCCAUCCAGCCAGCCCUAAAGACAUUAACCAGUGAUUACAACUGCCUGAAGAAUCAUGUCCGGGAUUUUCCGUGUCUGCUGCAGGAUGCAGUCAACCAGACGAAGAGGGAGAUUUACCAGGCAGUAGAGGAAGCACAGAAAACAAAUCAGGAUCUGCUGCGCAAGUACAAGCGAGAGAUGCAGCUGCGGAAGAAGUGCCACAAUGAGCUGGUACGACUCCGAGGGAAUAUCCGUGUAUUGUGCAGAGUUCGGCCAAUAACUCAAGAGGAUGGUACUGGGCUCGACACGAGAAAUAUCAUUUCCUUUGACGACGAUGAUGGAGUCCUGUAUGUGACACACCGUGGCAAAACCACCAUGUUUGAGUUGGACAAAGUUUUCCAACCGCAUGCACUGCAGGCAGAGGUAUUUCAGGAAGUCCAGGCCCUCAUAACAUCUUGCAUUGAUGGGUACAAUGUCUGUAUAUUUGCAUAUGGGCAAACUGGUUCUGGCAAGACAUACACAAUGGAGGGUUCUCCUGAAGACCCUGGGAUUAACCAGCGGGCUCUGAGGCUCCUAUUUGGUGAAGUGGCAGAGAGGUCAGCAGACUGGGAUCUGACUAUUACUGUCAGCAUGGCUGAGAUCUACAAUGAAACACUCAGAGACCUGCUGGGGUCUGACCCCCAGAAGAUUGAGGAUCUAACUAUGAGGAACCUGUUGGCCAAGGACCCCAGUGAAAAGUUGGAGAUAAAGCUGAGCCCUGAUGGUAGUGGCCAGCUCUAUGUCCCAGGACUGAUUCAGAUCAGGGUAGAGAGUGUGGAUGACAUCAAUAAGGUAUUUGAACUUGGGCGUGUGAAUCGUGCAACAGAUUUCACAAACGUGAAUGAGCGCAGCUCCCGCUCUCAUGCUCUGCUUAUAGUUUCCGUUACUGGGGUAAACCUCACCUCUGGAGUCAGAACAACAGGUAAAUUAAACCUUGUGGACUUGGCUGGGUCUGAGCGUGUUGGUAAAUCUGGUGCAGAGGGGCCCCGGCUGAGAGAAGCCCAGAAUAUUAACAAGUCUUUGUUGGCCCUUGGUGAUGUCAUCUGUGCACUGCGCUCCAAACAACCAUAUAUUCCUUUCCGUAAUUCCAAAUUGACUUACCUGCUGCAAGACUCCCUCAGUGGGGACAGCAAAACUCUCAUGAUGGUCCAGGUAUCUCCAAUGGAGAAGAAUGUUAAUGAGACUGUUUGCUCUCUCAAGUUUGCACAGCGAGUGCGCUCAGUGGAACUGGGGACCAUGGUACGAAGGGCCGAAAAGCAGGACUAUUCCAGUCGCCAAGACUAUGAGUCAGAGUCCCCGUCUACAGCUGCCCAACAAGGACGGCUCAAUCUCAGCCAUUCGGGAGGGAGCGUAGUGGGAAAAACUACAGCAGGGAAAAGACGACUAAUGGCAUCAGGUGAAGUAAACCAUCGACCGGCUGCAUUGCCUGCACUCUGAGGUUGCUGGAGUAGUGGAAAGCCAGGAAGUGGUUGCCUGUCCCAAAGCUGAGCACUUCAACACCAUCUAGUCAUAGAUUUAAGGCCAAUGUCUGUACAUUUAUAUACAGCCUGUUUUAAAAAGUUGACACAGAAGAGCUCAUUACUUAUUUUUUAUAUAUGUAUAAACAGAUUUUUAUAUUGUCUACUUUUUUUAAACCUAUCAUUUGUUAUACAAAGGUUGAUGUUCAAUGAGUUUCAGUUCCGAUACAUUGCCCUUUUCAUUUAAGUCUGUUCACUGCCAUUAAUCUUUGUAUUUCAAAUCUUGGCAGCUUGCUGUCAUUUGUGGGUCUAGCCUGUGCAUUAUACAUACAAUUUUGAGGCCACGCUGAGUGUUGAGCACAUUGAUUGUGUAGAAGAAUUGGGGAGACUGUUAGGAAUGCCAUCCCCCCCAAGCACUAACUCUUGCCACUGUUUAAAAACAUUGGUGCCUUUCCUCCAUUCAGUGCCACAUGCAGGUGGUUUGCAUCACUGGCUCUGGAAAGUAAUAGUUCAGGAUUUCCUUAAGUGUUCCAACUCACUGUGCUACACCGAGAUUAACCUGUAGAGGAUGACUAGGCCGAAGAACCGGAGAUUAAUUCAAGGUUCCCCAUUCUCAAGAGGGCUGGGGAGAUGAAUGGAUAGUUGUAAGAGAAUGAAUCUUAAAGUAACAAUUCAAAUCUUUGGAAAUUUAAUCUUUCCCAUUGGUCUUACUCCAGCUUGUUUAAGCAGAGUUAGUAUAACCUUUUGUAAAUCUAGUCUCUCCCUCAGUAGGUUUUAUUUAAUUAAUGAACAAAAGGCUGAAACCUGAAGUACUUUUUCAUAACUUGUUUUCAAAAGCUGCUUUACUGUUUCACAAAGGAUGCUCUCAUUUGGAUCCUAAGCCACAAACUUCAUAAAUCAGUGUUGCAAUCUGAGGAUACCAGACCUGAUUUCGCUUCUGCCAAAGCCAUAUUCUUUACAUCCCAUUUUUGGAUGUUAAAAAUUGGUGUAAGAUCCUAAAUCUUACCCAAGAACUGCUAUAAGAGUACUUGUCUUGAUGUAAAGUCAAUCUGUUAAUAAUGAACUUGUCUCUGAAGUUCAGAGUGUUUUUAAAUUUAAUGUAUAUAGUUGUUUCAACAUGCAAUUUCCAGAUGGAAAAGUUUUGCUGUCUAAGGCAGCUUGUUUUGGUUAUGCUUAGCAUGUACUGUCUUGUUUUACAGUUUAGUGUCUUCAAUGUUGCUAUGAGAUAUUUGUAUUUGGAUGGGAAUGAGCAGGGUAUUUCCCCUAGUACCCUAGGGAAGCUUGUAGAGAAAUGUUCCAGCACUGGCAUUAUUCAGGCGAAUCGGUCUUUCAGAAAUGAAUGUUCAUUAUGCUCAGGUUGAUGUUUUUGGGCCUUUUUGGUCCUUACAGUAUUGAGAAUCUGAGCAUUGCUCAAAUGUAAUGUCAAACCUUUCCAACAUGUUACCUGCCUCUUGAAUUUCAAAUAAACAUUUUAAAAAAUACUACAAUAGAUUAAAUAAUUUUAACCAAGAUCAAACUUUCUAAAGUAGAUGCUGCCCUUUCCACUACUGUGGUUUGUG